AUGCAAGAAGAGUUUUGUAAAAAUAAGAAUCAAGGUCACUUCUGGGAAGUGCUAGUUGUUGGGGGCAAAUGGAAUUGUAUCUCCACUGUAGUUAUAAGCCAAAUAGGUUACUAUGAAAUUGGAGAGUUGCUCCACUCAAAGAGGUCAAAAAACAACAACCACCAGCAUCGAGAGAUAACAACAAUUUGUAGCUUUGACACCGUCUCGAUGAGGUACCUACCUGGUAAAACACCUUAA